UCAUCUUUUCAUUAUAUGAAAAUGAGACAUCAUGCUGUAACUAUCAGACUUCACUGACUCCUUUCAUCUCCUCAGUAUGUGAAGAAGGAUUUCAACCGUCACGGACUGGAGCCAGUUAUUCUUCUCCAGCAGACGAUGUCGGGACUCGCCCACCUUCACUCUCUCAACAUAGUCCACAGAGACCUGAAACCCCACAACAUCCUGGUGUCCAUGCCCAACGCCCACGGUCAAGUCCGGGCCAUGAUCUCAGACUUCGGCUUGUGUAAGAAGCUGGAGGUGGGUCGCCACAGUUACAGCAGAAGCUCCGGGGUGCUGGGCACCGUGGGCUGGAUCGCCCCAGAGGUCCUCAGUGAGGACUGUAAAGACAACCCGACGUGUGCUGUGGACAUCUUCUCUGCUGGCUGUGUGUUUUACUACGUGGUGUCUGAGGGAAGUCAUCCCUUUGGGAAGUCUAAGCAGAGACAGGCCAACAUCCUGAAGGGGAAAUACAGCCUGGACCUCCUGCAGACGGACAGACACGAGGACAUCGUAGCGAGAGAUCUGAUGGAGCAGAUGUUGAGCAUGGAGCCCCACAGGAGGCCUUCAGCUGACAGCGUUCUCAAACACGCUUUCUUCUGGAGUCUGGAGAAGGAGCUGCAGUUCUUCCAGGAUGUGAGUGACAGAAUAGAAAAGGAGCCGCUGGAUGGACAGAUUAUGGGACAGCUGGAGAGAGGAGGACGAGCUGUAGUCAAGAGUGACUGGAAAGAACACAUCACUGUUCCACUGCAGAAAGAUCUGAGAGAUCAGAGAAAAUUUCGCUCCUAUAAGGGCGAGUCAGUCAGAGACCUGCUGCGUGCGAUAAGAAACAAGAAACAUCACUACUAUGAGUUGCCUGCGGAGGUCCAGGAGACUCUGGGCUCCAUCCCUGAUGACUUUGUGUCUUACUUCACCUCCCGCUUCCCCCACCUGCUAAUGCACACAUACCUGGCCAUGAGGACCUGUGCAUCUGAGAGGCCAUUCCUGCCUUACUACUCUACUGCAGAGCAGCUCGCAAAAACACACACUCAGCACACACAACAUGGGCCGCAAAGACAAAACGAGUCAUGCACUCAACACCCGCCAACACAAACACAAGCCCAGGAACCUCCAGAUUCUCCUCCGGUGCAGGUUCCUCACAUAACUCCUGCAGAACCGGUGGCCUCUCCUGCACCAGAUGAGCCUGAACCUCCACACACUGACUCCCACAGUCACACAAACCCAACAUCUGCCUCGGAGUCGCCUGCAGAUCCUCCCAUUCAAAGAGAAUCCAGUCAGUGUGAGACGCACACACCGCCAGAUCCUUGCACACUGGAUCCCGAACCAGUGUAGAACCGAUCCAGACUCAGGUGGACCCAGCACAGAACGGGAGCUUUGCCUUCAAGAGUGGACACCAAGUGGGUCUCAGUUGCGGCACCGUGAGCUGGUGAGGACCAGGCCUGCAGCGCAAGUCCUGAUAAUGUAAUAAAGUGCAUUUCCCAAUAAUGUAAUACACUUUUUACCAAUAAUAUAAUAAUGUAAUAACCUCCCAUUAAUGUUAUACUUUAUCAGGUUAGCCUUCAUUUCACAAGUCCUGAUAAUGUAAUAAUUCCCCAAUAUUGUAAUAAUUUAACAGCAGACCACCCAUUACUUGGGUUCAAGUGGUGAUACUGUGUAUCAACUCUAGCUCAAGAGCUCUAGCGCCACCAACAGGUCAAAGUUGAAUGUUUAUUCACUUUUGACCCGUUCAUCCGUUUUUCACUUUUCCGUAUCACUGGAACCCUUUCGGCCAAUCCCAGCUCAAUGCAUCCUCAAUGGGGUUUUUCGGCCAUAUUGGAUUUUCCGCCAUCUUUGAUUUGAUCAAAAACCUUCCAUUAAUGUUAUACUUUAUUACAUUAUUGGUAAAAAGUGUAUUACAUUAUUGGGAAAUGCACUUUAUUACAUUAUCGGGAAGUUAUUACAUUAUCAGGUUUUAUUACAUUUUCAACGGACUCAAGUGCAUAUUUUUAUUACAUUAUCGGGGUUAUUACAUUAUCGGGAAUUUAUUACAUUAUCAGGUUCUACAGUCCCAAAAAAUAUCUGUGGGAAACAUGUCUGGAUGUUGUUGUUGAGUAGUUUUAUAGUGCAAUGUUGUAUUUCUGAGUGACCCUGUUCACUGCACAGAUACUGUAUGUAUAUUUUUGUAUAGACUGAUUCAGAACUUGAAUCAUUGAUGGGAAAUCGUUUAAUGUGGCCAAUGUGCCUUUUUUUUAAAAUCUCACUGUGCUGCAUGGGUACAGAUCUUUAAAAAAUUUGACUAUGCUAAAUGUGCUUGAUUCCAGUUAAUGCUGCUAGACUGCUUCUCUUUUGUCAAUCAAGACUAUUGUGCUGACUCGGUGAGAGUGGACUGUUCCAAAGGGUGUUCAGGCAUCUGAAUACAGUAGUUAAUUUUAUUCUCAUGUGAUUAUGUAGUGAAUAUGAGGUCAGGAUGCAGAACUCUCAUAUUAAUAACUUUUCAAGGGUGUCAAAGUGAAGUUAAUGACUUGCACAUUAAAUUCUAUUUUUUUUUUAUACUAA